GGGAAAAAUCAUAAAAACAUCUUAAGAACAUCUUAAAAAAAACAGCAAAAACAUGAUUUUAAUUAUAAUGGGUUUAAGGAACUGAAAUGCUCUUCUGGGUCAGAGUCAUUGUGAGUUUUAAACCAACAUUCAAACCACGGUGCAGUUCAGUUUGGUUUUAUAAAGAUGUUUCUCCACGCCAACAUUAACAACCUUUUUCCUCUGUCAAUUUAAAACAUAAUAUUCUAUAAAACAAAACAUUACAAAAGCAUUUGAACAAAAAAAAUGCUUAAAAAAAUGAAAAGAGGCAAAAGAUUUUUACCCCUCAUGCCUCAUACAAAUCAUUUUAACUACAGUAUUUACCUUUGACCCAUAAGGUCACUUGAUCAAUGACUCACUCCUAUCAGUCAUCCACAUUUACACCCCCUCCUUUUCUCCCUCACUUACACAAGAACAGAAUUUAUAAAAAAAAAAAAAAAAGUGAAUGUUGUGACCCAACCUAAUGCCACCAUGAUGCUCUUCCUCCUCUAAGCUAAAUUUUCUUUUAGGUAAAUGUUUUCUUUAACAUUUUUUUCUUAACAAAUGGGAUGAAGCUUUAAUAAUCUUUUCAGUGAAUUGUCAAGAACUAAAAGAAAACUGACUUUUGGGGAAAAAAAAACUAUUAAAACGUAGAGUUCACUCUCUAGUUUAGAGACACUUCUACAAAGUCUUGAAAUGAAACCGGCAGUAUUCUCCUUAAAAAAAACACAACAUGUAGGGGUUUGUCUCUUUGUGAGUUCUAAUCUCUGAACCAUCCACUUCCUGCUGGAACCAUACUGGAACCUAUCACGGUCUGGAAGUUGAAACUCUUGUUUACACAGUCACAGAGGGGUUGGGGGGGCAGGGCUAACAGCAGAGCUGAGCCACCCUCUUUCUUCAAAUCAGCCCAAUAGUUCGGAGCUCUGGCGUCAAGUCUAUGCAACCAUGUUUGCUUCUCUGUUGCUGCUUGGGCUUUUGAUCUUUGUCCUCAUCUUCCUGCUGAAACCUCAGAGACCAAAGAAUUUCCCACCGGGACCCCCCACCCUGCCUGUGCUGGGAAACCUUUUGCACCUGAGUACAGAUGAUCCUCUGAAUGAUUUUGAGAGGCUGAGGAAAUCCUAUGGAAAUGUCUUCAGCGUGUUCAUUGGCCCACAACCUGCUGUGGUCAUCAAUGGGUUAAAAGCCAUGAAGGAGGUACUGGUGAUCAAAGGCACAGAUUUUGCUGGACGACCCCAAGAUAUGUUCAUCAACCACGUCACUCAGGAAAUAGGAGUGGUCCUGGAAAACUAUGGUACUGCUUGGAGAGAACAUCGUCGCUUUGCACUGAUGACACUGAGGAACUUCGGUCUGGGGAAGAAGUCAAUGGAGGAGCGGAUUCAUGAAGAGAUUCAACACACAGUAAAGACUCUGGAAAACAGCAUUGGAACAACCCUGAGUCCUCAGAUCAUGUUUCAUAACGCAGCCUCUAACAUCAUCUGCCAGGUUCUGUAUGGAAAACGUUUUGAGUACAACGACGAGAUGAUCAAAGUGAUUAUUAAAUGCUUUACUGACAAUGCCAAGAUGACCAACGGGCCGUGGGCUAUGAUUUAUGAUUCUCUUCCCAUGGUUCGAAACCUGCCUCUGCCAUUCAGGAAGGCACCUGUAAACGGAUCGCUCUUGAUAUCAUGAAAAAACACAAGGAAACCAAAGUCACUGGAGAGCCAAGAGACUUUGUUGACUGCUAUCUGGAUGAGUUAGAGAAGAAAAAUGCGGAUAUGUCCUUUUCUGAAGAUCGACUGGCUGGUUACUCUUUGGAUCUUUAUUUUGCUGGAACGGACACCACUUCCAACACUUUGCUGACAGGUUUCCUUUACCUAAUGGGACAUCCACAUAUACAAGAAAGAAGUCAGCAAGAGAUAGAUCUGGUGCUGGAGGGCAAGGAUCGGGUCAGCUUUGAGGACAGAAACAACAUGCCUUACAUGCAGGCUGUGAUCCAUGAAAUCCAGAGAUUUGCCAACAUCGUUCCUCUUAGCGUCUUCCACGCCACAAUGAAAGAUACAGAGCUGAUGGGAUAUUCUAUCCCAAAGUCCCCGGGUGUGUUUAGGGGAAGGUCUGGCUCGUAUGGAGCUCUUCAUCAUCAUGGUGACUCUGCUGAGGAAGUUCAAGUUCAUCUGGCCUGAGGAUGCAGGAGAACCCGACUUCACUCAAAUCUUUGGGCUCACUUUGACUCCAAAACCUUAUCGUAUGAAAGUCCAGCUGAGGUCAAACCAAUGAGCAUGUUGACCAGAAAAUACUACACUUUAUUGCUACUUCCAACUCUUACAAACAAGUUAUAAUGUUUUUAAUCCAUGUGUGAUCAGUUAAUUUUUUACUUCUUUAAAUAAUUUUGUUUAUAAGUAAAGAACAUUUUAAUUGUGAGACUGAAGAGUUUUCUAGUCACUCUAAUUUUACCUUUGUUCAGCACACAAAGAGAUGAAUACAAAUAUUCUAAAACUAAAAAUAUUAGCAUACAUACUCUCCAGUAAAAUAUUUUUAAGCUUGUCAUUUAUUACCUAUGACUCAACAGAAGUAUGUGCAGCUAUUUGUCUUUCGACACCUACUCUUAUUUUGUUUUAUUUUUCACUUUGGGGGAGCAGCUUACAGUACGAUUUUUUUUCCCAAAAAAGCCAAUAGUUUCAAUAACUACUGGUGACAUUCAGAUAUUCAAAAGUGCAAAAAAAUAAUGUUGUUGUGUACUUCUCCUGGGCAUUAUUGUUUACUUGAGUUUGUUGAUGCAAUAAAAAAGUUGUAUUCUUUUUAUAAUUGUUUAUUCACUUUGUAGGGUAUCUUUCCUAAAAUAAACAAAAGCUGAAGCUGUUUUCAUGGCAA